GAUAGCAUCAUUUGAUGGUAAAACACAUUAUUGUAGUAAAGUUGACAAACACAUUAGGAGACCAAUGUGAAUGAACAGACAAGAAUUGUUUAACAUCCAUUGUGAUUGUAUAACAUCCACUGCGAGAAGCAAUCAAAUGAACUGACAAAUAACUCAGCCAGUAUCCCCAUUUUGAUGAAUCAGCUAUCGCCAACUACUUCUGCCCACGUUCAGACCACAUGAGCUUAUGUUUCCUCCAACAAAUAGCUUAACUACCAAAGAGACAUGCUAAUGCUAACGCUAACUUGCAACCAAAAAAACACAGUAUAACAGCAAAAGAAAAAAGGGAGGGAAGCAAUUAAGCAAAGACAAACACAUACGAAAGGCAUUCGGGUCUUACUGGCCUAAAGGCGACGCCUUUUUUCUUCUAUGAAUAAGAAGAACAACCGUCAACCAGCAAAUCUCUUACGAACUCGAUCGCUAUCGGGCCUUCCAAGAAGGGUUCACCAAUAGCGUAGGCCCAUAAUCGAUAGUUACAACAUACAACAACAACAACAACUAGCGCCCUCACGUGGCAGUUAAAGGGUAAAGUGGGCAAGCGCUUCGCAAGCAGGCUAAGCCGGGUCAACGAAGGGUUGAAGCAGAUCUACUGCCAAUUCCUUUUCCCCUCGGUUGGGCUUGUCAUCGGCCGGCCGAACAGCCAUAAAAAAAAAAGCACACCCGAAAGAAAGGAACAAAGGGCACCCAUCGCCAACUGACUGGCCGACCGUCGUUUUUCCCUCCAAAAAGAAUAUCAUUUACCUCCAAAUUUUUUUCAAAAAAUUAGUUCCAAAUUUCGAAACCCCAGAAAACUCUGAAGCUCGAGAUACGAAAUUCACAGAACUACUCGUUAAAUUCGCACACCAAAAGGAAACGCCGGCCCCGAAGCAACAGCGCAGCUUCAAGAACACCAUAAUUGAAAACCGGAACGAGCUCAAGAAAUGAAACGAAUUGAACAAUAACGCAAUUCAACGACCACAGAAACACGGAACCAAUCAAAAUCAAAAUGGAAAGCGAAAGGGGAACAAAAACUAUCAAAUUAAGAGCUGAGAAAAGUUAGGGUUAAGAGCUAAUUUACCGGACAAUUGAAAAAAAAAAGGGAGGGAACGCUGAUCUUCGCGCGACUGUGAGAGAGAGAGAGAGAGGACGGAAGGUAGGAAGAUCGGGGGCCCAACCAAGCUCCGAUGGGCUCUGCGAGAUCUAGGGUUUUGGUUAUACUUCCAAUUUUUUCCCCACCCCUAAACAAACCCCAAGACUGCGAAGAGACACACGAGGGAACAGCAAUGGAGCCGGGGCGAGACCGCGAGAGAGAGAGAGAGAGAGACUGAGAGAUCUGUGGAUUUUCUGGGGAUGGAAGGGAGGAGCGAAAGGAUUUGGGCCUUCUUUUUUCUGAGGAGCCAAACAGAUCCAGCUGAAGAAAGGGCUUAAUUGGAGCUGAGGGCUCGAGAAAGGGGAAAAGCUCGCUUUACUCUUCUUUCUCCUUACAUCUGAAGAGAUAAGGGAGAGGGAUAAAAAGAGAGAGAGAGAGAGAGAGAGAGAGAGAGAGAGAGAGAGAAUUAUCAAAUCCAGUUUAGUAUGGACUUUCGGGUCCAUAAACAAACCCUAUUUGGAUUCCGUCUCUUCCUCUUUGAUGUUUAUCCGAUUCGUGAACUAAGGCCCAAUGUGGGGAGGGGAUGAGGACGAGACGACAGCGUUUAGAAAUGGUGCCGUGGGCCGUCGUGGUGUGGUUGAACUGCUGGGCCCGCCUAUUGGGCUUUGGAAUUUUAGUUUUUUUUUCUCAUGGUUUUGGGUUUCUGGAGCCCACAUUGGUAUUGAAAUUGGGUGGGCUUUGGAUUUUUAGAAUUUUCAUCCUUUGCAAUACCAAUUCACUCUACUUUGUUCCAAUAAAGGGUGGUAUAUUUGGAAUGGAAUGGAUUGACUUAAGUGCCAAUUGGAGAUGAAAUGAGUUAAUGCAUGGUAGUUUUUCAAUCAAUUAGUCGUUGUACUCUACUAAACUCAUUCACCCUCAAAUCACGAAUGCAUUGUCGAAUACCGAGAGAAUACUAUAGAUGUUAGAAACAUGAUAACUAAAUCGAGAGAUAACAUAUCAAUUUUCCGGACAUAUAACAUGUGAAAACCAAAAAUAUGCAUAAUUACUAUUAAUUUUUUUUUACUUAUGUGUUGUACAAGGACAUGUCCAUCAACACCUUACGGUGCUUCGUGGAUGUGUAUGUUACAAGGAUACGUUUGUCAUCAAUUUCAAAGAUUUUGUUCAUUCAUAUUUCAUAUUCAUAUGUAGGACUUCUAAAAAUCGAAACUAGCGUAUAGCUUAAACCACAUUUAACUCUACAUCUAAUAACGAUAGCUUUGGAUGUGUACACCAUAUUUCACUGCCAAAGAAACAUAUCAAUCUACUCCACUUAAAUAGUGUAGUGGGAUUAAUUAGCAAGCUUUGUUGGAAGUUUUAGAAUACCCACUUGCUGUUGAAACCAAUUUAAUAUUUAUAGAACACAGCUGCCGGAUCAUCGAGAGUGGCCAAUUCGUGGGACAAAAUGACCCAUGUUUUUCGAGACAGAAACUAAAGUUGAGAGAUCUUAACAAAAGCACAUAGGGGGGACAAGAAAAACGUGGACAGACUUUCUUUCUUUCUUUCUUCGAUCUUCUUCUUGUUCCUUCUUCCCAUUCCCUGUUUCUUUUUAAUAUGUAAAGAAAGGCAGAGCGAGCUAGCUAGCUAGUAAGUACCGUACUGUCUGGUGGUUCUACCAGAAAAAUCUCAUAUCGAAAGCGAAACUAAUAGGUGGUAUGAGAAGGUUGUACCACGGUUAAAUCAUGGUUUCGGCAUAAAAUAUCAUGUCGCGCUGACUUUUCCAAUACAAGUUUCGGUGGAUCCCCCAUUCGAGAAAGCGUAUCCAAGUGACUAGUCUGCGUCCCUUGAUGGUGCGUCUUCAAAGGUAGUGUCAAUUAGCCGCUUUCCUUGUUGCCAUGCACCUGGUAUCCAGGGAUGGGACCCUACACAGAUCCAGCGGCUCGCGGUAAUAGCUUGCUUCUCGAGUGGCUCGCACACGGGCAAACAUUUUUUUCUUUCGUAAUUUAGUCUAUCUAGAAUGUGAGAAGGGCUCCAUUCCUUUGUCUCUUAAUCGAAAAACCAUGCAGCUCCUUGAUCCGCACGCCUUUUCAAUUUUUUUAUCAGAACAUUAACUGUCAAAUCACUUACUCGAUCGAACCAACAGAAUAAAUCGAGUUGACAACCUUGAAAUGAAGGAGGAGGCUUGAAGAAAAAGAAGGACGACAAAGAGACCUCCGUCCCGGGAUAAACGGAGGGCGUACUCAGUCCUACGCACACGUUCUCUUCUUCUUUCCUUUGCUGUUUUGUGGGCUCCUUUGAUCACAUGCUUCCAUGUGAAUUUUACACCAAAUCCCUCCUCCUAAUUAAUGGACUAAUCACAAUCAAGAGUCAAGACCCCACUCUAAUCCUAUCUGUACUCGACUAAUCCCUCUAGCCAGCUAGCUAAUUGUACUUCCAACCAAACUCGCAUUCCCCAUUAGUGAGGAGUUUAAUAGUCGCUUAAUUAGUGUGCUUGCUUGAACUAACUGUGAGAUUCUUGUUUAGUUUAAGGGUUAGUAACUUAGUAUACAUGGACAAGUCACAAGUAACAAGUGUUUCUGAGCUGGAUUUUUCCAAGAGUGAGCUAUAAUCCUAUUCCAAAAGGAUGAUGAGUUGGGUGGAUCACCUUUUACCUUGAUGAUGAUUUAAGGGCAGUGAUUGUCUCUUGUAAAUUAAAAUGUCAAGAAUUUGUUGGUUUCAAUAAUUCAAAUUGUGAUUG